GGCAGUCCCAAGAGGCUAUAUGUUUGUACGUAUGAAGGAUGUGACAAGGCCUUCGGUCGAGGCGGGCAUCUGACGAGACAUAUCGACUGUGUGCAUUUGGAAUGCAGACCUUUUGAAUGUCCACACGAAGGCUGCACGAGCACUUUCAGCAGGAAAGACAACAUGAACCAGCAUAUGGGAGUCUCCCAUCGUCUGCCGCCUCCAGCGAUGGAGAUGUCGAAUGGGCCAUCACCAUCCAAAUUCUAG